CAUCAUCUUGGAAAAAUGUGUGUGCGCGAGUGUCUGCGAAACAACGGUAUCAGACAGCGCGUGUGACCGGGAACGACAACCGAGAGAGAGAGAGAGAGAGAGAGAGAGAGAGAGAGAGAGAGAGAGAGUAAAGAAAAGGCGUUUCCAUCAACGAACCGGCAAAACGGUGUAUCCAGACAACCGGACGGACGGAUAGAACUUGCCUGGAACAAAAACAAAGCACUUAUCCACACUAGCCAAUAGAAUUUCGCCAUAACAAUUGCUUUUAUAUGUUUAUAAAAUAAGAUCCAUCACUAGACGGCGUCCCAGAGCUGACAACAUCCUAAACCAACUAGCCUACAUUCUGGAUAGAGGAGCUGAGUGAAGAAGCCGAUUUUGCAGCGAGAUUGUGCGUCAAUCGAAUACAAAUCACAUUUUGAUAACUGGUAGAGAAGUGAACACUAUCUCACCCACAGAACAGGGCAUCUCUCUUCGCGGACUCAUAGCCUACACAAAGCCCGGGACCAUGUCGGAGUACAGCUCUUUGCUCAGUGACCUGUCUGAGAACAUCACCAACGAGGACUUGGACCAACUCAAGUCAGCCUGCAAGGAGGACAUCACAGAGGACCAGAGCAACACAAUCACCUCCUCCAAGGAGUGGUUCAACUACCUGGAGAAAAACGAAAAGCUGGCACAGGAUAACCUGUCGUACAUCGAGCACAUCUUUGAGAUCUCACGACGACCAGACCUGCUGACCCGGGUCAUUGAGUAUCGCACCACCGUACUCAAGAUCUCUGAGGACGACGAGAUCGACACCAAGCUCACACGCAUCCCCUCUGCCAAGAAAUACAAAGAUAUCAUUCGCCAACCCUCUGAAGACGAGAUCAUCAAGUUGGCCCCUCCCCCUAAAAAAGUGUGAGGUCAUCACCCCUGACCUUUGCACUUUGACCCCUGGCACUCCAACCAUCUCGACCCCCCUCACCCCCGUUCUACUAACAGACACCACAUGACACAGAGACUAGCAGCCCCUCUCCAAUUAACCAAUCAGAUCGCCACGAUGCUUUGCUGCCACGUCUGCCGCGAUCGCCUCUUCCCUGACUGAAGGAGGAGGAGGAGACGAGCUCAAGAUGAGAGAAAGAUGGAGAGAACAAAAAAGAGAAAGAAAGAAAGACAGAGCCAAAGCUAAAAUCCUAGCCCUCUUUGUUAAAAGAAGUGUGGGUUAGUUUGUGUUCCUGUAACACUGUUUUGAGAAAACGUGUGUACGUGUGUGUGUGUGUACGUGUGUGUGUGUGUGUGUGUGUGUGUGUGUGUGUGUGUGUGUGUGUGUGUGUGUGUGUGUGUGUGUGUGUGUGUGUGUGUGAGUGUGAGUGUGAGUGAGUGAGUGAGUGAGUGAGUGAGUGAGUGAGUGAGUGAGUGAGUGAGUGAGUGAGUGAACCGUUCCAGUUCGACCUAGAUGUUGCAGGAAAAGCACCAUUAUAUCAGAUCCAGUAGUUACAUCUCCUGUGUUGGGUCAUUAGAAUGAACCUGUUGUCAUUAGUUACAUACUGUAGAUGUGCAAACAUAUUAUUCAGUCAAUCUUGCAGUGCACUUGAAUUGCUAUAUCACUAAGGGGCAAAUCCUAACUUCAGUCCAAUGUUCACUUAGUCAUGCAUUGGGAUACUAAGUGAAAAUGUGACUUAAGUGGAAGUUAGAACUUAGCAUUAUGCAUUGCUUUAUCAGAGUUGAGCAAGAAGACGCCUAUAAUACAGGUGUCAUAUUCCCUUUAUUCAAAACUCGGAUGACAUCAGAUCAUUGGAUUUUAAAAAGUAUUUUGUUAGAUAGUCUUAAAAAAAAAAGCCAAUAUUUGCCUUUAGACCAGCCAUAGCAUGGAAUUAUCGAAGAAGAAAAGGUUAUGAUAUUAAGUUUAUGUAUUCGGUAAUUCAACGUUAAUCAAAUGUUAUCGCUUAAACAGUCACACUUAUUUACCCUCAUUGCGAUUUUACACAGAGAUUUAAUGCUCCUUUGCUGCGAAAUCUUAUUAUAAAAAGAUACCUUAUUGUAAAAACGUAUACAAAAUUAUUAUAUUGAUCAACUUAAAACACUUUAUGAAGCAGUAUAUGAACUAUAUGAUGUGAAAAAAAGUGAACAAUAUAUUUUAUAUCCUUAUAAAAUAUAUUUAAAUGUUUUUUUUAUAUAGUUAAUAUAGUGCUUCAUGUGGUGUUGAUCAAUAUAAUAUUUUUGUAUAUGUUUUAUCAUACGCUUUUACAAUAAGGUUUACCUAUAAACGUAACUAUUUUACUCGAUAACAACAGCAACAAAAAUGUUUAUUGGACAGUUACUUUACUUUAGUGGCAGGGCCUCUAGACAAUUUUCUCCAGUGCCAAGUCAGACACCUGAGAUGGUAGCCUAUGAUUAAAAAAGUAAGCUAUUUCAUCUAACAUAUCAAGGAAAUGCAGGAUGGAUAUUUUGAUGUGCAACCUGUCAAAAUAGGAUCCAGAAUUAUCCGAUAGAUUAUUGGCUCUUCAGAGAAUUUGCCGAUAUCUAUGUGCAUAUUGGCGUAUAAACUAUUAUUCACCACCUGAGGAAGUGGGAACUUAACCAUGGAGGCUAAUUGAUUAAUCUAUCAGUAAAUGCAGGCUAAUGUUCUACAAAAACCUUUCCAGCGCUAGACUAGGCUACUUGAUGUAAAGCCUAUUCACUGCAAAUGGCGCACUCGGCUCCGCUACGCGGGUGCAUCAAAACCAUACUUACUACAGCCUACUGCGGUUGUAAAGUAGGGCCGUGAACUCAUUGUUAAGAGGUACAUGAUAUACUCACAGAAAGCUGUGACUCUCCUCUCUGUAACUAAAAUAACAGUAGUUGCUUGUUUUUCUCGCGAUAGCCUUUUGAGCAACAUAUGAUUGUGCUUCUCCGAAUGCAUUUCUUCCUCCUCUGUGCGCAAACAGUGGGGAGAUGGAGUGAGAGUCAGCAGCCGACAAAACGAAACAGGGACAGGGCAAACUUUCCUAAGUAGGAAUCAACAUAAUGUAUAGGCUAUUACAGUUGACACAAUAAUGGUUUUAGAACAAUCUACAUGAACGUUCUGUAUCAAAAUCACAGAAAAGGACCGACGUAAGUCAAAAUGUUUCGGUAAGAGGAAAGCAAUGUCGGUGUGGGCAACUUUCCGUUUGUCGUCCCAUCUUCAAAAUAUAGAAACAUUUGUCUUUCUGCUCAGACAAUGCCACUCGGAAUUCCAGCCGAAUAGUUUUUCAGGACGUAAAACAACUGACCAAUCACAGAGCAGGGAAGACGACUGCUUCUGAAAGGAAAUGUAAGGAAAGAACAAAAUGGCAGAAAGAAAAAAAACAGGCUCAAUAUCAUGAAAACAAAGUAGAAUAUAUAAAUCAAUGAUAUACAGUCAAUUGCUCAUAAUCGCCUUUGUGAAAUGCCCAAAUACUGCAUGAGUCAUCAAUAAACACACAACAGUCAACUGCACUCUGAAUAAUCUCAUCCCUAAUCCCUAACACAUUUUGAGCUGUCUCAGCCAUUGUACAUCAAUAAAAAUAAAAAAUCAAGACUGUUGAUUCAAAUGAAAUAAUUACUCAUUUACGUAUAUUUACACUGUGUUUCAUCCCUGCGAAGAAGCCUUAGCAGAAUUGGUGUAUGUGACAACUAAUGUGUCAAAUGUGAAAAUGUAUGUGUUGAAGUGUGGUUGCACCCGCACACCAGUGGAGACUUGCUGAAGGGAGGACGACUCAUAAAAAUGGCCAGAUUGGAGUAAAUGGAAUGGCAUCAAACACGUUGACUCCAUUAUACUCCGUUCCAGACAUUAUCAUGAGCCGUCCUCCCCUCAGCAACCUCCACUGGCGCACACAUCAAGUUCAGUCUCACGCGUAAAGAAGUGGACUAUAUUGUAAGUUUGCUGAGCACUUCGCGAGUGGUCCGUGUAGAUGUCUGCUAAACUAAAGGGUCUAGGCAGGGACAGUGAUCACCUGUGUGUGAGCUUAAGGCUCCCGGGGUUUCUUGAGCCAAAUGGAACCUUUUCUGAUGUCCUAAGAGCUCAGAAAGACUUACACACAGACCUUUCUAUAAUUGUAUAGUCACAGCACAAUGGCCACCACUUUCUCUGAAAAAAACAAACAAACAAAAACACUUUUCUCUCCUAUAACCCCUACCCUCACCUCUCCCCCCAUUCCCUCUUUCCCUCCCCCCAGUGCCAAUGACCAAGCCUUUUAUUUCGAUCGCAGAUUUUGUGAUCUGUUUUUGUAAAGCUCGCCGUUUAUCGUAGUGUUGGAACUGAUUUGUAUCCUAUGCAUUUAACUUUAUUUGUUAGCGGUGGCUGCUGCUAACAAACCCUGUGCUGAAAUGUGUUAUUUGAUCCGAGAUAUGUUGCUAGGGGCAGCAUUAAAGUAUGGUUAUAAUCAGGGUUGGGUUAACCUGAUCCUGGAUCUGUUGCUAGGGAGAAGGAGUACAGUAUUGCAGGCAACGGCACUCAGUUGUACUUAACCGCUAUGAUCUGUGGGUGCUGGUCGACAGGGUAGGUAGGUAGGUAGGUAGGUGCUCGUCUUGCUGGGGAGCUUGCAUCAGACGACCAUUGUAGAUCCUCUUAGGCCUACUAUCGCACUAACCACUUACAGAGUUCUGGAGAUAAACAUAGGAAUUGUCCUUACUGUAAAACUUUGGGGGGGGAAUUGUUUUUAGUUUUUUUGAUCAAUUCUUUGGUGUAGAUUCUUAUGAGGAUCGCAAGGGAGGUGUUUUCUUGUUUGUUUUUGUCUUGCGUGUUGUUGUUGUUGUUUUUUCAUGCUUACAGUAUGUAGGGAAUUGUGAAUCUCGGUGUUUGUGUACAAGUGACCAUUUUUUCAAGUCAGAACUCCAUUAUAGGUCAUGGACUGUGUCAUGUUAGCAUUUGUGUGGUAGAAUAUCAGUAGAGAAAUGGAUAAACCUUACACACAUACACACACAAACACUCAUAAUACAAAUCAAUGGCCAGAUACCAAUAAGGAUCAACCUUCACUUUACAACAUUCAAAUUAUUCUCAUGUCUAAACACAUAUGUAUUUGGUUAUCCAUGUUUGUUUGGUUGCAGCUACUGUAUAUACAUAAUUCUAUAUUCCAACUCACACCCAGAAAAAUCAUUCAAGCGAUGAGGAAGUUGCCAUAUUCGUUACUAAGAAUGCAAACCCCUUUUCCUGUGAAAAGGUGUAAUGAAAACCCCUUUUCAUACCCUUUUUCUCUCUCUCCCCCCUUUUACCCUUUGUCUUCCUCAGACCCCCCCCAUGAAUCAGCCUAUCUUUCGAGUUUUCUAUAUCUAUGGUAAAACUCUAAAUAGGGUCCAACCCAUGGCGCUCGGUGUGGGUUUGAUAUAUUUCUUAUUGGUUAGAAGUCACGUGUAUGACAUCGCUGUGCUUUUUAUGUGGCCAUUGGCACAAAUAAUAACAACAUAUCACUCACAAAUGAUGUCAAUUUGGAAUUCCGUGUACCAAUUACAUAUCAAGUUACAAAAGAAUGCUGCAAAAAAAUGUGUAUUAGAAAAAUAAUCAAAUCUAAGUAAAAAAUAAACAUAGCCUAUAUGACAAAUAUAUAUGUAACAAUAUAACCAAGACAUACAAUAGACCUAAAAUUAAUGAUCAUUUUAAGACGUAAGACAAAGCUAACCGUUAUAGAGAGCUCAUCAAACUACAAUUCAAAUUCAAACUAUUCAAGCUACAGGAGUUUGACUUUUCCCUUUAUCCCUUCGUUUACAUUCAACAUACUGAAGUUAUGAUGGAAGGGAUUUUACAGUAGUUAAUUUUCCUAUGUUUACUUUUCAAUUUUGGGGGGGGAUUAGGUUGUACAUAUAUAUGAUGAAUUUAUAUCAAUAUGUUGGUUUCGUAAUGGAUUAAUUUAUUUUAUGCCAAUGUAUUGUUUGUUUUUGUAUUUUUGAAGUAUUCUGAUAUGUUCACUAAAUGGGGUAAAAACGUGUCACUUAUCUGAUAUUAAGUAAGGAUUGAUCAGAGACCACACUUCAAUUUAGAUUUUAAUCUCUGUAUCUCUAUCCAUGUUUUUAUCUUUAAAUAUGGAGUUAGGGGUUUCGUUGUUUUUAUUAAGUUAGGAGAUAUAACCAUCCUUCCUUCAAAAAAAAAACUGAUUGUAUUCUAUUAUUGUAUUUCAUUUGUCUUCUUAUCGUCGGAUGUAUUUUACAACACACACGCCAACUACACAAACUGUUAUCCAGACAGUUGCUAAAUUGCAACAGGAUAUCCAUUGUGAUUAUCUCUUCACGUCAUUUGUUGUUGUUUUUCAUUGUGGUUGUUUUUAUUGGAUUAUUGUCUUUGUUUUUGAUAGAGAUGCUUUUGUUUGUUGUGCCGUGAAAUGUAACUAUCUGAAAGCAGGCCGCUGGGUAGAAAAGUCUCACUCAGAAGAGUUUGUUCCAUUCCUGUUCAUUUUCUUUUCUUUUUUUUUCUAGCUGUGGAAAAAAAGUGUUGAUUUGCAGUUGUGAUAGAGAGGUAGAGGAGGGAUGAAUUUGGAGUCAGUGCAGUGUAGCAGUAGAUGAAAACCCAGGCCCAAAUUACACUAAUUGCAAAUCAAAUCAUUUCCCUGAGACUAACAACUUGCUAAGUUUAUCGGUUUUAACAGGUUUCAACUGGUUAGCCGCUCACAAUUCCAACAGUGUUAACAUAGUAUGUGAACCUGCAUUGUGAUUUCCUUUAUCUAAGGUAGAUUGAAUUUGGGGCCUGAGUUGGAUUUGAAGUGGCUGGUGAACUAUACAUUACAAAGGUCUUAAAGAAUAAGUUCAUUAUUUUACAACUUAAUGUUUGAUGGUUCCUUAUCCAUUACAGUUUAUCCUGGCUCAUAGACUACGUUCAGGGUAAGGAACCAUUCGACAUUAAGUAGCAAAAUGACAAACUUAUCCUUUUAAGGUGUUGAAUGUUUUCAGGACUCACACAUGAUGCUGUACAGUAGGCUAGAGAGGUUGUGUUGAGUAUUUUUAUGUGGAGUUUUGUGUGCUUGGCAAGAAGUUAGUGAGGUUGGGGAUUUUGAAUGUCUGAAGUUGGAAGAUAUUUGUACAGCAGAAACAACAUUGACAAACAUAUAUAUUUUCACGUUCAUUGCGUGACAGAUAGAGUGAAAGAGCAAAAAUCAAUUGAAAUUGUGACCAUGCAUUUUUAAUGCAUGACUAUUCAACCUUCUAGCACUAAAUAGCAAAAUGUGACGUGACAAUUUUCAAAUAAACAUUUACAUUAAUAUGCACAAGAAGCAAGCUUUCACACCAUAUAGUAAAAGUGCCAACUUUAUAGUUUAGUUGCAAAACCGCUAGGGAGGCGGAUGGGAGACUUGACAAAUCCUGAUGCUUGUAUGUGCUGUUAACAUGACAGAAUAAUAAAAACAAGUGUACAGUAUGUGUACUGAACAAUCUCUCAGAGGCUACGUCCCGAAAUCCACACUGGCGUACUAUUUAGAAUGCAGCAGUAUGUAUGCUAGUGUGGAUAUCGGGAUGGAGACUCUUUAUUUUAGACGGAAGUUGAAGGCCGUUUUUGGCGGCAGUAAGAAGCCAUUUUCAGUGUGUGUUUUUGCAGUAGAGACUAGCUAGCAGCAUUUGUUGUGCCGUGUUUUAAGGUGCUCUGCGAGAGGUGAGUUCAACAAGGCGAACCGUAUGCGAAUGUUUGCUAACAGAAGCUAACACGUUCCAUUUGGUUUGUGCCAGCUGCAAACGUUUGCUAACAUUAACAGCUUAAAAAGGUAGUGUGCAGCAAACAUAAUAAGAGUCUGUUUUGGGUCUAAACUUUUUAAAAAGUGGCUAUUUGCGGCUUCACUGUUACAGUUUUGAAUGUUUAUUGUUCAAUUGAGAUUAUUACUAGGUAUUCUAACAUUGUUGAACUCCCCUCAGGUCGGUGUCGGGGCCAUAUAUUUAGAGAGUUUGGACAUUGUGUUUCUAUAAUGCACUUAUAUUCCAUAUGGCAGUCAUGUUAGCUCCCCAUUAUUACAUUGGCAAUAUUGAGUUCAUUGAAUUUCUGACAUUUUAAACAAUGCUAUAUCUAACUGAACAUCUAGAAUUACAAUUACAAUCCAAACGCUCAUCAUGAAUGGAUAAAUGGAAUACUUGAAAUCACUAUGCGUUCUAACAGUUGGCCGAACUCUAAAUAUAUGGCGCUGGUCAGUGUUAAUCAUCGUAACUGCAGUGGUGUGGUCCCGUCAACGUGAGUAGAGGUCAUCAUCGUAAGGUCACGAGUCAUGACGUUCCUGUGCUUGGUUAAGGAUAGACUAGGGUCUAUGUCCUAAUAAUAUCGCCUUUCUUCUGAAGUGUACACUGGUCACUACUUCCCACACAUACGUAAAUGCAUUCUAUGUAGCUAGGUAUGGGCUAGCUAGAGGGAGUUUCCACCAUAUUUCGUAUAACAGCUAUUUCCUUUCAAAGCAGCGAAGGGAAGUGUACAAGUGCACACUUUGGGUGGAAGGAUAGGUCAUUGGGAUGUAGCCUAGAUAUAGGCAUCUAACCGUUUGAUUUUAACAUGAAGGAACUUUAGAUUUCUGGCGGAAUUCCACCAGGGGUUUAAAGCAGGCAAGAAGUAGCCUAUCUAAAUACAUGAUCAUGUCCCCCUAUUCAUAAUUUUGACCCUCAGACGUGAAGAAAAGUAAGAGAAGGUAUUUCUUAAUGGAUCACUGCAUAUCAUAUCUGGGUGUUGGAAAGUGUUGUAUUUAUGAACCUGUUUAAAUAUGACAUCACAGACUGAGACUGAUUUCACUGAGCCACAACACAAUAGGCCACUAUGUUCUUAGUGAGUAAGUUCAAAAGUAUUAGUCAACCUGCGGUACCUUGCAUACUGUAGUACUCAUAAGCAUAACGGAACCACAACAUCUCCGUGGUAACAAAACAUUUGAUAAAUGCAGGUCAAAGGUCAGGUUUCCUCUGAUUAGCCAAUGAAAUGGUCUCAAUCUUACCAAAAUGACAGGAUGUUGCAUCAGUCUGAAGGAGUUGCUUGUCUUGAAGCUCUGUUCUCACCAUGUGGUAAAGAGGAUGGCCGCAUUCCAAACCGACUAGAUAGCAGACAUCUUCCAGAUCUCACGACUGGAUAGGUGUUUAACAAUUAACUAGCCACAUCAUAUGAUAGCAAUUUAAUGCCCUACUGCGUACUCGAUGACGUAGCACAGAACCAUUGGUUGAUUCAAUUCAAUGCCUGCAAUGUACUCGGCCUGGAAAGCAAACUAUUACAACUGCAUCCACACCUUGCAUUGUUAUCAUAUCUCCCACUGGAUGCCAUAGGCUAUAUGCUGUUAGAUUUUAUUAGAAUUCUUAUUUUACAGGACCAAGAAAAAAAAAAGGAUUUAUGACAGCAACAAAUAAAUAAAUAAAAUAUAAGGUAUUACAAUAUGUAUUAAAAUAAAUACCGACCUACAGAUGUGGCUUUUGUCCUGAUUUACAUGAGACUAAACUGAAAUGAUGCCAUUUUGUCAUUGUGCUAAAAUUAUUAUAAAUAUUAUAUUAUAUAUUAAAAUAUAUUUGCUAACCUA